AUCUGCUUGGAUUCGGCUUGAGACGAGAUUCUUGAGUUGUGCGGCUCAGAAGUGGUUUUUGUUUUUGUUUUUGUUUUUUUCGUUAUCUGCACCUUGAAGCAUGCAGAUGAGGUUGCGAUUGCGAUCGUUAUCAUGGUGCACGUGUGCCCCCUUGCAGUUGUGUUUUCCGAGUAAACGAGAGCGGGCACUGGCAUGAAGAGCCGUACAGACUUACACGUCAAAUCGGAAACUACCAAGUUCAAGGACAAACGAUAUCAUUAUCAUCACCAGCGAUCACACGAUGACGAUGACGAUGACGAUUACGAUUUACAAUCGACUCGAGCAGAGCGCGAUUCGCGGGGGAUACACAUGUCUAGUGCGCCAAGUGCGAACUAUGAAGCCUCCCGGAGGGCAUGCACCGAAUUGCUCCCCCCUCCCCCAAACACGACGCCGCAAGUCGUGAAACAGACGCCGAAUGGCGGGUCGGGACCUUUUUGCCUUGGACGGAAGAGGGCUUCUGGGACCAUAAAACCAUUAGCUGAUCUUGAAUCUAUCUCGUUCACCAAACGUCCUCGCUGCUCGCAUCGGUCCCCGCACACCGUGACAUCGUCUCGGGCUGAAACUACCAUCAUGUCGGUCCUUGAUAGUCGUUCAGUUUUCGUGCUGUGAAUCGAGAGUCGAGGCCUGGACGUGACUGAGCGAGAAGGUGAUUAGGG